AUGGGUAUUCCAAAGUUCUUCCGCUGGAUCUCCGAGAGAUACCCUCUAACUUCCCAGCUUAUCACUCCAAACUCGAUUCCGACGUUUGACAAUUUAUACUUGGAUAUGAACGGUAUCAUCCAUAACUGUUCUCAUCCACCUUCAUCAGAAAAUGACCCUCAUUUCCGAAUAACGGAAGAGCAGAUGAUUCUGGCGAUAUUCGCUUAUAUCGAUCAUCUGUUCACCAAGAUUAAGCCACAGAAAGUCUUUUUCAUGGCUAUCGAUGGUGUAGCUCCCAGAGCUAAGAUGAACCAACAGAGAAGCAGAAGGUUCAGAACUGCCAAAGAUGCAGUUGAGAAGAGAAGAGAAGCUGAGAAGAAAGGUGAAAAGCUACCGGAGGAGAAAGCUUUCGAUUCGAAUUGUAUUACCCCAGGAACACCGUUCAUGGCGAGACUAUCGAAUCACCUUAAAUACUACGUUACCAAGAGAAUUUCAGAGGAUGCCGAAUGGAGAAACGUAAAAGUCAUCUUAAGUGGACAUGAUGUCCCGGGAGAAGGUGAACAUAAAAUUCAAGAAUAUAUCAGAUUAUCAAAAGCUCAACCUGAUUAUAACCCAAAUACGAGACAUUGUUUAUACGGUUUAGACGCAGAUUUGAUCAUGUUAGGUUUAUUAAGUCAUGAUCCUCAUUUCUGUUUAUUGAGAGAAGAAGUCACAUUUGGAAGGAAAACUAAGAAGACUACUGGACUCGCAAAUACCAAUUUUUACCUAUUGCAUUUAUCAUUAUUGAGAGAAUACCUAGAUUUAGAAUUCGGAUCUUUGGCCACACAAAUUUCGUUCAAAUAUGAUCUUGAACGAAUUAUAGAUGAUUUUAUACUCAUGGCUGUAUUCGUCGGAAACGAUUUCUUGCCCCAUUUACCGGAUUUGCAUAUCAACGAAGGUGCUUUAGAGAGAAUCUGGGGGAUUUAUAAGGAGAUAUUGCCAGUUGCUGGCGGAUAUCUGAAUGAACAUGGAACAAUCUCGUUGCCGCGACUUCAACUUAUGCUUGACAAGUUGGCGCAAUUUGAGAUUGAUAACUUCGAGGAAGAAUAUGCCGACCAAAAUUGGUACAAGGGCAAACAGAGCAAAGAAAUUGAAGCUAUGGAGAAAGCUCGAAAGAAGGGAAAGAUGGUCAUCACCAAGGAUCAACAAAAGAUACUUAGUCAGGUCAGACAGUUCGUCACCAAGCACCAAGCCAAACCCUCUGCUGCCGACCGAUGUGUAAUAGUAAACACCCUUUCAGCAAGGGAUCAACGAUUCGUACAAGAACUGGGAGAUGAUUUGCAUCUUACCACCACAUGGGAUGAAGUCGAUGAUUACGGUCAAAAUCUCGUCGUCAUGACGUUCAACCUCGAAGGAGUAUCUGAAGAUGGAGCUUCGGCAGUGGCUGACGAAGAAGCCGAUGGCGAAGAGUGGGAGUCCGAAGAAGAGGAUGAAGAUUCCGAGGGGGCUUUGGCCAUUCAAAGGGUAUUCGCGAAGUACAACAAAGCGAAGAUUGUCGAUAAUGUCGUUGAGGAUUUCGAAGAAGCUUACGAAGAGAAGCUCAAGGAGAAUUUAGACGAUUGGAAGAAAAGAUAUUACAAGGAGAAGCUUGAGAUUGAUUUCAACAAGCCUGAAGAAAUGCAUGCUAUCGUGUUUAGAUAUAUAGAGGGACUUCAGUGGAUCUUGAACUAUUAUUAUAAGGGUGUGGCGAGUUGGGGAUGGUUCUAUAAUUAUCAUUAUGCACCCAGAAUCACUGACCUCAAGGGUAUCCCCGAUUUCAAAUUCGAUUUUAACCUUGGUAAACCGUUCACGCCGUUCCAACAGUUGAUGGGUGUAUUACCGGAAGAAUCGAAAGAGCAUGUCCCUCCCGCUUAUAGAGAUCUGAUGUAUGAAGAAACCUCCCCUAUCAUCGACUUCUAUCCUCGUGAUUUCGCUCUCGAUAUGAAUGGGAAGAAGCAAGAUUGGGAAGCGGUUAUUAAGAUCCCCUUCAUUGAUGAGGUACGACUGCUCAGAGCUAUGGCUGCUCGAGAUCAACGAUUGACAUCUGAGGAGAAAUCUCGUAAUCAGAAUUACGUCGCUACGCAGUUCGAGUACGAUGCCGAUCAAGAAGCUUCUUACCCUUCAUCUGCACCUGGUUACUUCCCCGAUCUUGCCAAAGCUCAAUGUUGUUCUAGCCCCUUCCAUCUGCCAACCCUGGGAGAUGGUAUCGAAUUAAUCCUUGGUCUUCUUGACGGUGUACAUCUCGGAGCCAAAGCUUUGGCUGGUUUCCCUUCCCUACAGACCCUGCCUCAUCAAGGUACAUUAGGUUAUCACGGUGUCAAUGUCUUCCAAUCUGACUCUCGAAACCAGUCAAUGAUCAUCACCAUCACUUCGAAGCAUGAUCGACCUAACACCGGUGACAUCGCCAAACGCAUGAUUGGUCAAAGGACGUUCCAUUCAUGGCCAUAUUUGCACGAAGGUAUGGUGGUCGCCGUAUCAGAUGAUAUGUUCAAGUACGAACUUCAAAAGAUGGGUAAGACUGCUAAAGUUGUCAGCACGCCUUUCAACCCUUUCCAAGCUAUUGCAUGGAAGAAGUCAGCGGAUCAUAUCGAACAUCACAACUCCAAGAGAUUCGGUAUCAUCACCGGUAAUGUCGAUGUUGUCCUGCAUGUUCGACCUCUAAAAGGCAUGAAAAGACUUGACACCGGUGCUUUAGUCAAAGAUUACGAAGGACCUGAAAAGGAGAUUACUCAAGCUUACCAAUUGGCCGUCAACCAAGUCACGUUCGAAGACGAGCGAUACCUUGAACAAGCUGCUCCACCCAUGUCUCAAGAAUUCCCCGAUGGUGAAAAGGUCAUCUUCUUAGGUCAAAUGGGUUAUGGCACGGCUGCUCAAGUGAUCAAGACCACCGAUACGACCCUCGACGUAGCUUUGGCCUACUUCCCAUCAGAGAAGCAAGAAAAUCUCAAUUUCUCGAAACUCGUCGCUCAUCGACCAGCAGGAACAUACUAUCCUUCACCAGUCCUUGCUCGACGGCUCAACAUCCCACCCUUGGGCCUUUCAAGAAUUACCUCAACUCUGCUAGUCUUACUUGAAGAUGGAUCAAAGUCCAACAUCGGUCUUGCACUCAAGUUCGAAUCGAAGGGAUUGAAAGUUUUAGGAUUUUCCAGAAAGAACGAUAGAGGAUGGGAAUAUUCUGAAAAGACCGCUCAGAUCCUGCAAGAGUACAAGGAAGCUUUCCCUGAACCUUUCGCUAAUCUCGAUAGUAGAGGUGGAGAUUUGGUCACUUCCGCUGAACUUUGUCCUACCGCCGAUGAUCCUGAUAGCGUUAUCAAAGCUAUGAGGAAAUGGUUGAAAGAGAGAGACUUACUGGAUCCAGAGACCGUUUCCUUGUUUGCUGAACAGCUUGAAAAGGAAUCUGUCGCGAUGAUCGAGAAGCUCGCCGACCAAUAUCGAAAUAUGAAAUCACCUCACAUGAUCAAGCGAGCUGUAGUCAAGGCUAUUCCUCGACAAGCUGUUCUCAAGCCUUCUCAUGCCAUUUAUCGACUACAAGGGCAAACUUUCGCUGUCGGUGAUCGAGUGAUCAUGGUUCAGGAUGCUGCUGCGGGAGGUGUACCUCUAGCUAUGAAAGGUGUCGUUGUAGGACUGGGAUCAAGGGAUAUCGAUGUGGUGUGGGAUGUACCAUUCAUGGGUGGGGAGACAUUUCAGGGAAGAUGUUCCGAAUAUCGAGGAUCAACAGUUCCGUUCACUUCAUGCUUGAACCUUACCCGACCACAAUUCGCUGUAGGCGGUACUGACCAGGAGGAUAGAGCCGUUGGUCAACACGCAGCCUUCAAACCUCAAUUGGGACCCCGACCUGUAUUGCAAAUGCAGAACUAUCAACCUUCCGCUCCUGGAAGAAAGACCUUCAACCAACACCCUCAACAAGCUCAUACGAUCAUGAAAAACCCUAAUAGAGCUCCGCCACAACAUGUCAAUGGGAAUCAGAGUUACGGAAAUGCCGCUAGAGGUAUCAAACCACCUGUACAAGCUCAAGGUGGACAGCAGAGUCAUGGCGAGAAAUUAGCAAAUGCCCUCGGUGCCAAGCAUAUUGCUCAUAGACCUGGACCUGCUCAUCCGCUACCACCACAGAUCGUUAGAAGUCCCAACGCUCACACAAAUGUUGCUCUACCUGUACCACUACCACAAGGUCGACCACAACCGAAGUACGAGGCUAUUCAACCUGAAGUCGAACAGAAUGGUCACGCAGCACCCGUUAAUGGUGGAUCUGGCAGAGGACGAGGUAGUAACAGAGGUAGAGGCAGAGGCAGAGGCAGAGGUGGGAACGUACGGGGUACAGCAGGCGAAAGACAUUCAUAA